AUGACGAUUACGGGUACCCAGACGAGGAUUUCCAUGCCCUUAUGGCCGGAACUAUUCAAAGACAUGUCCGUGUUCGACAACAUAGUUACGAAGGGGUGUGAACUCACGCUCGCCAGCAAGGACAUCUACGAGCUCAUAGUGGAGAUCAGGUUCCCGCAGAAGCUCAUCUCCAAGCCCAACAACAGGCUGGUGGAGUUCUAUCUCCCGCCGAGAGGGUCUCACACUCGGCACGUGAUAGCCACCCAGACGAGAGCUGAUUCAUGCAAGACUCGGCCGCGCGAGCACUAUGGUAUCUACAUGUACGCGGAGACGUACACCCACGAGGUGAUGUUGUACAGGGCAUACGCCGGGGCCUAUGCUAUUGAAUUUGUGGUUGGGAGCGCGCUAAACUGCACGAAGCACUCAAAGAGCUCAAGCAGAACGGUUAUCGCGUCGGUACAUCCUAUCUCGUUCCACACUUCCGGCGGCCAGAAGUCAAGCUCAGUAGAGCUUCGCGAGUGGUGUAGUAUGCGAAGCCGAUCCGCACGCUCGCCAUUCUGGAGGCGCAAGCCCCCACACAACGGAACUACCAGAACCACCGUAGACAGGAUACAUGAGGAUGGAGAAGUCUGCGUGGAGGGGUGCCCCGGUAGCCGUCGUCAUCGUUGCGCGGUAAUCGGAGGCGUCUGCGAUAAGGUAGUUGCCCACCGGGCUACCAAAGGCUCAGGCGGUAACGAGGUGAGCCGGGUGGGGAACUGUACCUACAACGUCACGGACCGGCCUCCCCCCAAGGCGAUCGACGUGUUUCCACCAGCCGCACCAAAGCUGUUCACGACGCUGUCUUUUCUCCUCGAAAACGACUAUGGGGGCAAAACCAGAAGACACAUCAUCACUUGUUAUGGAGUUGCCGCGUCAAAAUGCCCUGCUAGAGGCGCAAGUCGUAUUCCCGCCGCUGCGCCGACGUGGGCGAUGCAGUCGUCGAUGCUGGCAGCCCUACCGUGUGGAAGUGCGCCCUCGCGUGCCGCGGAUGAACGGGACGACAACUGUCCGGGUUCCCUGCCUUUAGCAUCGUCGUAUGACUCUUACGCGAACUCCGCCAUGCGACCCUAUGUGUCUGGCUGCGCGCGGCGACCGUGGGACUGCUCGGCGCCGUAUGCAGCGUGCUGCCCCGUCGCGAACGCGCACCGUGGUAUUUGGAUGGGGAUAGUUAGACAUGGAGCUGGGUUGGCCGCUCGACCAAGCUCGACUAGAAGACACCUUAGACUUGGCGUCGCGGAGAGGGCGAGAAAAUGCAGGUCGAAGAUAACCAGCGUCCAAACGAGGGUGCAGUUCAUGCGGGGGCGAGUCACAACCAUCAUGAACGGAACCGUCCCCAGUCCCUACGACUUUGCUCUUUGUAUCAUCGCUCGUCGGGUGCGUAGAUCGUGGUUUACGUGCCAAUAUAUCUCUGCUUUUCAUAACCGCGAAGGUGCUGCUCGCCAGGGUCCGCAAGUCCGCCGCCAGUUGCCACGCCCUCCCUCUUGUUCGCCAUAA